GAUACGACAAUGACCUUCAACCGAAUCGCUCGAAGCAGCUCGAUUUGAGAUUAAUUCGUAGUACAGUAAAUAUCGUUUCGUUAGAAUCAUGCAAAAUCCGGCAGAUUUUUCCAAAUACAAUCCUAAUACGUUGUAUCAAACGCAACAUUUUUUGCGAAAAUAUCAAGAUGCGUUAAAAUGGAAUGAAAACGAAAACGUUCUCGAAGUUGGAUGUGCUAGUGGAACUAUUACAACUCAAGUUUUGUAUCCGUAUUUAAAGGAGAAGAAGAUAAAUAAUUUAUUAGCCGUAGAUAUUUCUGCAGCGGCAAUUGAAGUUGCUAAAGCGACGAAUAAUAAUUCAAAAAUUCUUUUUGAUGAAAUGAAUUUUGGUGAUUUGAAUCAAGGUGAUUUGUACAAAGAGAGCUUUGAUAAAAUUUUUGCGUUUUAUUGCUUCCAUUUGGUUAAACCUGCAGAGGUAUGGCCCAAGAAUGCAUAUAAAAUGUUAAAAACGGGGGGACAAGUCUUUGGUAUAGUCGUCAAUUCUCCAAAUUUAAUUACAGAUGUAAUUAAUGACCAGACAGCUGAUAAAUCAGCUCCAUGGAAUUCGCAUAUUCAAAAUAGACCAAAUCCUUUUAAUUUUGUCGGGUCAAACCCAGUACAGGUAAUCACAAAUAUUUUAAGCGAAGCUGGGUUUACGGUUGACUCAAUUGCAAGAGAAGAUGCAACGAAUAGUUUUGAGAAAAAAGAAAACAUGAUAAAAACAGCUUCAAGCUUCAGUUUAUUUUCGCAAUAUGUACCCCCAGAAAUGAAAGACGAUUACUUAGCGGAUUUCUUGCGUAGAAUAUUUGAUCGAUUGAAAAUUGAUGAAAAAGGUUAUCAUUAUACCCUGGAAGUUGUUUGUUUUAUAGCAACUAAAAAAUAGAUUUUGUAACUUUUUAUUCAUAUUAAUAAAGAAGAUAUUUUAUACGA